ACUUGCAGGGCUGGCUUAACGUCCUGGCCAUAGGUGCCUGUCUUACUGAGGCCCCAAAUAUGGCUCAGGUAGAGCAGACUGGACCAAGGGGGUCCUGCACCUAAGUGCCCCUGCUCUUGGUUCAAAGGGUUCAGGCCCUGCCCCCCUCCUGGCUCGAGCCGGCUUUGAUGUGCUGAUGAGUUCUGGAAGGGGCCCGCUUCACACCUAGGGCUCAGGAUAAAGCUGCAGCGGACCCAAUGGUCAGGCCUCCGCUGCCAUGGCCCAGCCCCUGUGCGCGCCGCUCUCCGAGUCCUGGAUCCCGAGUCCCGCCCAUCAGCAGCCACCGUUGCCUUCCGAUGGGGACAGCGUCUGCUCCCCAGCCUGGUCCUCGGACUCGUGGGACGGUGCCCAGGCCAGCAGCCCCGCACCACCCUGCGCCCGGCCGGCCAGGCGUGCUGGGACCCCCGGUAGGCGCGGGACGCACGGCAGCCGCCUGGGUAGCGGACAGCGACAGAGCGCCAGCGAGCGCGAGAAGCUGCGCAUGCGCACACUCGCCCGCGCGCUGCAUGAGCUGCGCCGCUUCCUGCCGCCGUCGGUGGCACCAACCGGCCAGAACCUGACCAAGAUCGAGACGCUGCGCCUGGCCAUCCGCUACAUCGGUCACCUGUCGGCUGUGCUGGGCCUCAGCGAGGACAGCCUCCGGCGACAAAGGCACGCGGUGUCACCUCGAGAAUGCCCGCUGUGCCCCGACGGCGGCCUGGCGCAGGCGCAGUCGCUCGGUCCACGCUUAAUCCCGGCCACCUGCAGCGGAGUGUCGUGGGGGUCCCCGCCCGCCUACCCUAGACCCCGAGUCGCCGUAGAAUCGUGGGACCCAUCGUUCCUGUACGCCGAAACAGCAUCGCAAGAGAGGCAGGAGAUGGAGCCCAGCCCCUCGUCUCCGCUCUUCAGCAGCGACAUGCUGGCUCUGCUAGAAGGCUGGACGCCGCAGGAGUGGCCGCAGGGACAAUGCAAUGGAUGACUGACACUCUGUCUGAGCACAGACACUUUUCCUUUCAUCUUGGCACCUUCGGAGGGAGUAGUUCCCAGAAGAGGCACCAGUGAUACCAGCAUGGGCAUUCCCAGAGUGGGAGCUAGCUGGUCCUCAUCUAGACUGUACCUUUCCAACUCUCCUUGGAGGGAGGGACCCAAUGGGGUACAUGCUCUGAAGCUGAAGCAGGCACAAGCUCUGCCUAGUGUGUAUUUAUUUGUGAAUAAACCGUUUGUGCUAGUGUCA